AUGCCCCCUCGCGCUGACUGGGAGAAGCACACGGCCGACCCGACCAAGAAGGAAGAGGCCAAGAUCAACCCUCUCGAUGACGAGGACAUCCAGAUCCUGCGCACCUAUGGCCAAGGUCCGUACGCCAAGCGCCUCAAGGAGGCCGAGAACGACAUCAAGGAGGUCCAGAAGCGCGUGAACGAGAAGAUGGGCGUCAAGGAGCUCGCGACGGGCCUCGCGCCGCCAAACCUGUGGGACCUCGCGGCCGACAAGCAGCGCAUGGGCGAGGAGCACCCGCUCCAGGUGGCGCGCUGCACCAAGAUCAUCAAGCUCGACGAGAACGCGCCGCCGCCCGCGCUCGCGCCCGGCCAGAAGCCCAACGCCGACGAGCAGGACAAGUACGUCAUCAACGUCAAGCAGAUCGCCAAGUUUGUCGUCGCGCUCGGAGACCGGGUCGCGCCGACCGACAUCGAGGAGGGCAUGCGCGUCGGCGUCGACCGCACCGACUACAAGAUCAUGAUCCCGCUGCCGCCCAAGAUCGACGCGUCCGUCACCAUGAUGCAGGUCGAGGAGAAGCCCGACGUGACGUACCAGGACGUCGGCGGCUGCAAGGAGCAGAUCGACAAGCUGCGCGAGGUCGUCGAGACGCCCCUCUUGACGCCCGAAAAGUUUGUCGACCUCGGCAUCGACCCGCCCAAGGGCGUCAUGCUGUACGGCCCUCCCGGCACGGGCAAGACGCUCUGCGCGCGCGCCGUCGCCAACCGCACCGACGCCACCUUUAUCCGCGUCAUCGGCUCCGAGCUCGUCCAGAAGUACGUCGGCGAGGGCGCGAGGAUGGUGAGGGAGCUGUUCGAGAUGGCGCGGUCGAAGAGGGCCUGCGUCAUCUUUUUCGACGAGAUUGACGCGAUUGGCGGCGCGCGUUUCGACGACGGCGCCGGGGGCGACAACGAGGUGCAGAGGACGAUGCUCGAGUUGAUCAACCAGCUCGACGGCUUCGACCCGCGAGGAAAUAUCAAGGUGCUCAUGGCUACCAACCGCCCCGACACGCUCGACCCUGCCCUGCUUCGCCCCGGCCGCAUCGAUCGUAAGAUCGAGUUCAAGGCGCCCGACCAGGAGGGCCGGGCCCACAUCCUGCGCAUCCACGCCCGCUCCAUGUCGGUCGAGCAGAACAUCCGCUUCGACUUGAUCGCGCGCCUGUGCCCGAACGCGACCGGUGCCGAGCUCCGCAGCGUUGCGACCGAGGCCGGCAUGUUCGCGAUCCGCGAGCGCAGGCGAGUCAUCCGCGCCGGGUCCAAGUUCUCCUCGACGAGCCUGUACGCCCAGUACCAGUGAGCUCGUCGUCGUUGUCCUCGAGGAGCAGCUCGUCGUCGUCGAGGAGGAGAAGCUCGUCGUCGUCGAGGCGGAGGAGGAGGAGGAGGAGGAGGAGGAGGAGGAGCGGCGGCGGCGGCUUGUAAACACCGACUUGAGCAGCUUUGAUUUUCGUUCCCUGUUC